AUGAUUACAAGGAUUCAGUUCAAAAAUAUUUAAUAGAUAUGUUUUUAAUUCCAUACUGCUAAGAAAAGGUCCCCGAUGAAAAAUUCUAUUCAUUUGAAUGUGUUAAUAUCAAUAUAGAAGGAAAUUUAAAGAAAUGCAGUUUAUUAACUGAAGAAAUUGAUAAUAAAACUGUGUAGAUAUCAUGAAUAUAUGAAGAACUAGGGAGUAUCUUUGGAGUUCAAUAUCCAAUCAACUCAGCCAUAUUAUUAAAUGUCGCUGUUAGUGAAGGUAGUGAGGAUGGAAUUGAAAAUAUGA